AUGGCUGAUUGUCCACAUACUAUUGGUGUAGAAUUUUUUACAAGAAUAAUUGAGGUAUCUGGAGAAAAAAUUAAAUUACAAUUAUGGGAUACAGCAGGUCAAGAAAGAUUUAGAGCUGUAACUAGAUCAUAUUAUAGAGGAGCUGCCGGAGCUAUUUUGGUAUAUGAUGUUACUCGACGUGGGACAUUCAAUAAUAUAUCUACUUGGUUACAAGAUGCUAGAAAAUUAACAGGUGCAAGUACAGUACUUUUUUUAAUAGGUAAUAAAAGUGACUUAGAGGAACAAAGAGAAGUGACCUUUGAUGAAGGAAAACAAUUUUCUGAAGAAAAUGGAUUGGCAUUUUUAGAAUGCUCAGCAAAAACAGGCAGUAACGUGGAAGAAAUAUUUGUAACAAGUACAAACAAAAUAUUUCAAAAUAUUCAAGAUGGAAGUUUUGAUUUAAGUCAACCUAAUUCUGGUGUUCAAUCAAGACGGACUAAUUCAAGACCAACACCUUCAGGUGCUAGAAGUGAAGGAAACGGUUGUAAUUGUUUAUAG